CCAUCCAUGGCCGAUCUCAUCAGUGUCAACUUUAUUUCUAUUUCAAUUCAAUUAUGAAGCACCUUCAAUGAUUUUAAGUGGGUUUAUAGUGUGGAAGUGAUCGUGUGGCGGCGCGGUCUUGGUGAUACGGCUCUUUGGUCGGUAGCACCAUGUUCAGCGGAACGGUGCGUGUAAAGGUGUGCGAGGCGACGGGCCUCCGACCGACCGACUUUCAGAAACGGCACAACAUGACCUUCGGGAAACCUGACGAUCAGCCGAUAGACCCGUACGUCUCGAUCGACGCCGACGAGCACCAUCUAGACCGUUCAAGCACGAAACCAAAAACUUUUGACCCAGUUUGGAACGAAACAUUUAUACAUGAAGUUCACAAUGUAACUAGUUUGGGUAUCACAGUGUUUCAUGAUGCUGCAAUACCUCCAGAUGACUUUGUUGCAAACUGCACUAUUCCUUUUGAAGAUCUGAUGCAUAGAGAUAAAGAGGCCACGGAUUUUUGGGUGGAUUUAGAACCACAGGGAAAAUUGCAUCUGAAAAUAGAUCUGAAAUGGAAUUCUCAAGGGGGUGGUGGGUCAGAGGGUCGUUCGAAUCGGGGGCGCGAGUUCAAAGAGGGUGCUGGGUUCGCGCGGCGAAGGGGUGCGCUGCGUCGCCGCGUACAUCAAGUCAACGGACACAAGUUCAUGGCGACAUUCCUUCGUCAGCCGACUUUUUGUAGCCAUUGUCGCGAGUUUAUCUGGGGUCUCGGCAAACAAGGUUAUCAAUGUCAAGUGUGUACUUGUGUAGUGCAUAAGCGAUGUCACUCAUCUGUAGUCACAAAGUGUCCCGGUAUGAAGGAGGAGCAACAAAGCGGAGUAACAGUAUCCAGUGGUCAGCGCUUCAAUGUGAAUGUACCACAUCGGUUUGUGGUACAUUCAUACAAACGGUUCACGUUCUGUGAUCAUUGUGGAUCUUUGCUGUACGGACUUAUCAAGCAGGGAUUGCAAUGUGAAGUAUGCUCGAUGAAUGUGCACAAGCGCUGUCAGAAGAAUGUGGCCAAUAACUGUGGCAUCAACACAAAGCAGAUGGCGGAGAUCCUCAAUGAAAUGGGCAUCUCGCCUGACAAGAACCCACGUCCCAGACCUUCCAAGUAUCUGAACACAGCUUUGCUGGAAGGUCCACCGGAGCUGGCUUCUUCUGGUGAUUCCGAUAGCAAAGAUCCAAACGACAAGCAUGAUGAUAAAGGUCACCAGCACCCGGUAACAUGGGGUCCACACUGGGCAGAGCUGCAGGAUAUAUUUGGCACAUACCAAGGCACGGAUAACACAAAUCUAUUGGAUAACUGUGUCAUACAAGAUAAUGAUACGUCAUGGCGCUCGCAUUGGGAUGAUCUUGAAGAGAUAUUCACGUUUUACGAAGGUGGUGAUGGUGACGGUGCUGAGGGCAUGCACGGGAAGGUAUCCCUCGAGGACUUUCACUUCAUUAAGGUGCUGGGCAAAGGAUCCUUUGGCAAGGUUAUGCUCGCUGAGAAAAAGGGCACGGAUGAAGUAUAUGCUGUGAAAGUCUUAAAGAAAGAUGCGAUAAUCCAAGAUGAUGAUGUGGAGUGUACACUGACUGAGCGGCGCGUGCUGGCGCUGGCAGCUCGUCAUCCGUUCCUCACGGCGCUGCACUGCGCCUUCCAGACACGGGAGCGGUUGUUCUUCGUCAUGGAGUACGUGGAUGGAGGUGAUCUAAUGUUCCAGAUACAACGGGCUAGGAAGUUUGAUGAGCCGAGGGCUAGAUUCUACGCGGCGGAGGUGACACUUGCGCUGCAGUUCCUGCACUCGCACGGCGUCAUCUACCGCGACCUCAAACUGGACAAUAUCCUGCUUGAUAGCGAGGGUCACUGCAAGCUCGCAGACUUCGGCAUGUGCAAAGAAGGCAUUAUAGAUGGUGCAACUACAACUACAUUCUGUGGAACUCCAGAUUACAUAGCGCCUGAGAUCCUUCAAGAAUUGGAGUACGGUCCAUCAGUGGACUGGUGGGCGCUGGGCGUGCUGCUGUACGAGAUGCUGGCUGGUCAGCCUCCAUUUGAGGCGGACAACGAGGAUGACCUCUUCGAGAGCAUCCUGCAUGAUGACGUGUUGUACCCUGUCUGGUUGUCUAAAGAUGCUGUCUCUAUACUUAAAGGUUUCAUGACGAAGAGUCCCGCACGUCGACUGGGUGUGGCCGGUGGUGCUGCGGGUAUCCGCGCGCACGCAUUCUUCCGCGAUAUGGACUGGGAUGCGCUUGCGCAGCGCCGCCUGCGCCCGCCCUUCAGACCUAAAGUCAAGAGCAAGCGCGAAGCGGCUAACUUCGACGCAGAGUUUACCAAAGAGGAGCCGGUGCUCACGCCAGUGCCAGCCGAUGUGGUGCGCGCCAUCAACCAGGAGGAGUUCAGAGGAUUUUCGUUCAUCAACAAGGACUACAACCCGCAGCCCGCUUACGACAAGACGCCGGUCGCCUGAACGCGUCGGGCGCGGCGCGCCGGCCACGGUCACCGCACCUGUGACGUCACCGCUUGCCAUCGCACCAGUGACGUCAUCAGCGUUCGCAUGUGUCACGCCGCCCUCACUAAUCGCUCGAACUUUGGGAAUGACGUCAUCGGAAGUGAUCGCCCUUGUGACGUCAUCGUCGGCCCCGUCAGUGCCAUACUUUGCGGUCCCGCUGUCGCUCCGUCGACUGAGGUUUAUAUUAUAUUAUAUUUUUAUUUUAAGUGCAAUGCCAACAACUGUCUAGUCAUGACGAGAUAACCGUACGAGCGGUCUUUUUUUUAUUCGCGACGCCAUGUCGAUCGAAGUAUUAUUUUUUUGUCUGUUUAUUUUUUAACAUAUAAUGAUCUUGUAUCAUUCUCUAGUGUUUAGAUUAGGGUAGGCUCGAAUGUCAUUAGUGUCACUGCUUCGGAUUAGGGCUAGACCGAAGUGUCAUU